CCACUCUCCCAUCCUCAUGUCCCCUGGUCCCUCUCCUACAAUGCCAGUAUAAUUUUUUCCAAUCUUCUCUCGCCCCCUGGCCUUCAUUUAUUUGGCGAACUCCCCUCCGCCAAACAAAGGAUUCCCCCAUUACUCCUCCUCCGCCUCCUUUUUUUUUUUUUUUUUUUACUCCUGUUUCCUCUUUAUCUCCUUUCCGUCCACCUCUUAUUCUCCCCUCCAUUGAGACAUGCUUUGCUCCAAGGCUGCAGCAUGAGCUCUCUAAGCGGUAGUCUCCGUUCCAGAUGGAGACGUACAGUCUCUCGUAUUGCUCUUUUGCUUUGCGGUCUUCUACUCUUACCUUGUCAAAUAUUUGGUCUUAACUCGGAUGGAGUGCUGCUGCUGUCCUUCAAGUACUCCAUCCUCAGCGACCCCCUAUCGGUGCUCGGUGACUGGAACUACGACGACGCCACUCCCUGCUCGUGGAAUGGGGUCAUGUGCAUGGGCUUCCCAAUCGCUAAUGCCGCUAGUUUCACAUGGAACACCAGUCGCGACGACUUUAGGAUACCGGCUGCUUCCGCUUCUAGAGUGAUUGGGUUGGUCCUCCCCGAUGCCCAGCUGCUGGGCUCCAUCCCCGCGAAACUCGGCCUCAUCGAGCACCUCCGCCACCUCGACCUCUCCGGCAACUUCCUCAACGGCACCCUCCCCGCCACCCUCUUCAACGCCUCCGACCUCCGCGUCCUCGAGCUGUCCAACAACGAGAUCUCCGGCGAGCUGCCCGAGAUCGUCGGCGAGAUGAAAAGCCUGCAGUCCCUCAGCCUUUCCGGCAACGCCUUGGUCGGCGGAGUUCCAAGAAAUCUGAUGCUGCUUCCCAACCUCACAACGGUCUCUCUCGCCAACAACUACCUCUCCGGCGAACUCCCCGGCGGAGGUUUCGAGCAGCUUGAGGUCCUCGAUCUGAGCUCCAAUCUUGUAAAUGGAUCCCUGCCGCCGGAUCUCGGCGUAAAGAGCCUCCGGUACUUGAAUUUGUCCUCCAACCGGCUCGCCGGCGUGAUCCCGCCGGAACUUGCAGCAAGAAUUCCGGCCAAUGCCUUGAUCGAUCUCUCCUUUAAUAAUCUCACGGGAGAGAUUCCGCAGGCUGGAGCUUUCCUCGCGCAGAAGCCGAUGGCCUUUGCGGGGAACCCAGAGCUCUGCGGAAGGCCACUGAAGAGCAUGUGCACGAUCCCUUCCAUCCUCUCCAAUCCUCCCCCUAAUGACUCCACUGCAGCUCCGCCGCCGCCGAAGUCUCCUCCAGCCUUCGCGGCGAUACCCGAGAUCCCGGCCGGGAAUUCGUCGCCAGGGUCUGCAGCGGGCGGCGGAGGGCAGGGGGGUCUUAGGCCAGCAGCAGUCGUGGCGAUCGCCGUCGGAGAUAUCACGGGGGUUGUCCUUCUAUUUAUAGUGUUUUUGUAUGCGUACCAAGUAAAGAACAAGAAAAGAGAGCAGCAGCGGCAGCGGCAGCAGCAGCAGAAAGCAGAUAGAGGGCUCGACCUGAAGAGGAUGGAGAGAGGAGGGAGGGAUGAAGGGCCGCCAUCAGCAUCCCCUGAAUCCAGUGGAGUAGGUACCUUGUGUUGGUGUUUAAGAAAGAAGGGUGGGGACAGCGAUGACACCGAAGAGGCCUCCGAAACCUCGGCGUCCUCGGAAUCAGAAGCAGAAGUGGGGGAGCUACACACGAGAGGAAAGCAGGAUGGCAAAACCCAAGCACAGCAGAAGCAGCAGGGUGCUACUCUCGUCACAGUCGAUGGAGCUGAGCUGGAUCUGGAGACUCUGCUGAAAGCCUCGGCUUACAUACUGGGAGCCACCGGACCCAGCAUCGUCUACAAGGCGGUUCUCGCCGACGGGACCGCCUUGGCCGUCCGCCGGAUGGGGGAGAGCUGCACCAUCUACAGGUUCAAGGAUUUCGAUGCCCAGGUCCGCAGCAUCGCCAAAUUCCGCCACCCCAAUCUCCUCCGCAUCCGGGGAUUCUACUGGGGUGCUGACGAGAAGCUCCUCAUCCAUGACUACGCCCCCAACGGCAGCCUCGCCAACAUCUCUUUUAGCAAGAAGCUGGGCUCCUCGCCGCUUCACCUGAACUGGGAUGCCCGGCUGAGGAUAGCGAAUGGCGUGGCGAGGGGGCUUGCGUACCUCCAUGAGAAGAAGUCUGUUCAUGGCAAUGUCAAACCAAGCAACAUUCUCUUGGGCGCCGACAUGGAUCCGGUGAUCGGAGAUUUCGGGCUGGAUCGGCUCGUGCCGGGCGACGGCAGCUGCAGACGGGGCGCAUCGGCCAGGCAGUUUGGAAGCAAGCGGUCGGUGCUGUCCACAAGCAGCCUACCGGACUUGUCGACCGUCGCCGGAGCCAGCCCCUGCGGCUCCUCCUCCACUUCAGCAUUGGCUACUCCUCCACAUCAGCCGCCGGAGUCGCUAAAGAAUCUCAAGCCCAAUGCCAAGUGGGAUGUCUACUCUUUUGGGAUGGUAUUGCUGGAGUUGAUUGCUGGGAGGGUGUUCUCAGAGGUGGAGCUCCGGCAAUGGAGUGCUGGAUUUGUGGUGGAGGAGAGGAACAGAAUUUGGAGGAUGGUGGACCCGGUGCUGAGAGGCGAGGUGGAAGGCAAGGAAGAGGCUCUGCUAAACUGCUUCGAGUUGGGCUUUGCAUGCUGUUCCAGUGCUCCUCAGAGGAGGCCUUCGAUGAAGGACGCAGUCCAAGUGUUGGAAAAGGUAACGGCCACCUCGUCCUCUUCCUAUUAGUCUUCUCGGCAACGGUAGUAAUAAUGUCAUCCAAAUUACGGCAGCUGUUGCUAUUCUGCUGUGGAAACAACUAAUUGAGUGCUGCCAUUAACCCGUCGUUGUAACGCUAACUGAUUUGGCUUAUGUUUCUUGCGUGAUGUGAUUUCAAGUGGAUUUUCUUUUUUUCCGUUUUUCUCUUGCGGAGCUGCUCGCGA